CGUUUACAUUCACAACAACAAUAUUGUCAUGGCUUCUAAACUCAGAAGCCAUGUAUUGUCAGCAUUUAAAAUGCAUGGAUUUACAUUACGAAGUGAGUCCAGUAAGUACCUGGUAGAAGUCCUUGGGUCAGUGGAAGAGGACCAGAGGGAGGAAUGCCUCGACAAAAUUAUAGAAACAAUACAAAAACAGCCGUUGUCCAGCUCACUUAUAACCAAAGCCACAUGUGAAUCAGCAGUCCAGGAGUGCAAUGCUGAACACAAUGAUGAAGGGGAAAAUGUACUGUGUGUGAUUGAUGCAUUCUCUGUACCAAGACUAAGCUAUGUUGCUGAUCGUAAGAAAUUUAUUCACAAUAAGACGUUACAACUUGCCAGCCCCAGUCUACAUGGCACUGCUUCUGACAAAGCAUCGUUAUUUAGGGACAGGUAUACCAUACUUUAUCAGAGGACACAGCGACACGACCUCUUUACAACACCAGCUAUAGGAUCCAACGAGGAAAAGUCGAAAAAGUUUAAGCUGAAGCCGAUUGAGUUCUUACUUGGCAGCAAUACCAAACUAGGGGAGAUAAUUGUGCUGGGAAUGUUAACACAGCUGAAAGAGGGUAAAUGGUACCUGGAGGAUCCGUCGGGAGCCGUCGCUUUGAACCUUUCUAAAGCUAACUUCCACAGUGGUUUGUUCACAGAGAACUGCUUUGUCCUAGCCGAGGGCUGGUAUGAAGACUCUGUAUUUCACAUAAAUGCAUUUGGCUUCCCUCCUCCAGAACCUGCUAAAACAACGAGAAGUUACUUUGGAAAUGUCAAUUUUUUCGGAGGGUUAUCCAACACAAGUGUUAAAGGGUCUGUAAGACUAAAACACAUUGAGGAGGAGAAUCCCGACGCCAUGUUUGUAUUCUUGUCCGAUGUGUGGCUGGACCAGGUCAAGGUCCUUGAGAUGCUGAGAGUACUUUUUACUGGGUAUUCUGAAUUUCCACCAGUCUGUUUUGUCAUGUGUGGUAAUUUUCUGUCUGCGCCACAAGGAGCUCAGCAUGCUAAAGUGUUAAAAGAGGCAUUCUCCAGUCUGACAGACCUGAUCUCCGAGUUCCCUAACAUAUUAGAGAACAGCAGGUUUAUCUUUGUACCAGGGCCCCAGGAUCCUGGUCCCGCAGCUAUUCUACCACGACCUGCCAUACCCAGUUCUAUCAUUGAGGAUGUGAAGAGAAAGAUUCCGUCCGCCGUCUUCACCAGUAACCCAUGUCGUAUACAGUACUGUACCCAGCAGAUCGUUGUGUUCCGUGAGGAUAUUGUCACCAAGAUGUGCCGUAACUGUGUCAAGUUUCCAGAGGACGGAGAUGUACCUACCCAUUUUGCUAAGACCCUGAUUGCUCAGGGACACCUGUGUCCCCUGCCCCUGCACGUAUGUCCUGUGUACUGGUCACAUGAUGCGGGGCUACGACUUUACCCUCUACCCGACCUUGUGGUGUGUGCUGACAAAUUUGACCCCUUCCACAAGACCUCUGUUGAUUGUACAGUCAUGAACCCGGGAUCAUUUCCAAGGACAGACUUCUCAUUCAAGGUGUAUCUGCCAGCCAGUCGACAAGUCGAGGAUAGCAAGAUAGGAGGAGGCGAUUCCUGAGGGAGCAAGAAACCGGACAACAUAUCAAUAGAAUGGCAGGGGGGUGGGCUUAUCAGAGGAGACACUGAUAUUUCUCACACACUUCCAUCCAUAGCUAAUUCAGACGAUUUCAGACUUGUUCCACGCAGAACAUUUUCCAGAGUGGAUGACAUUACGAAAGUAAUGAUAGGGGAAACUUAAUUAAUGACACUGCUUUGUCUAUACAGACAGAUAUUUCACUUGCUGACAAAUUUCAAAAUACAAAAGAAUUGUAAUCCAUUUUAAGAAUGUAAAUAACAUUGUAUAAUACCGAGUUGCUGUUGUAAUAUCAUUCCAGUAUAAAUUGUACCUAAGGUUCAAAUUAAUUUUCUAAAUUUUAUGAUAGAUAAUGAUCUGGAACACUUUACACACUUUUCCUUUUGAAAUCAUUCAUCAUCUCUCUUGAGUAGCUAUUAGAUCAUGCUUUGAGCUUAUAUGAUUAAGAACUAUGCCAAAACUGUGCUGCCACAGGGUGGGAAUGUGUAUGUCAUUGUUUUUGAUGACUAUGAGUAUUCAAGACAAAAGCCAAAAUGUUGAUAUAACAUCUUCUAUGUAGUGAAUCUGUUAAAUAUAGGUACCCUUGUGAUAUCACUUUUGACAUACCACAUUUACCUUAAUAAAUGCCAUCCAAACUAAGCAAUUUGGGAAAAUUAAAAAAAAUUACAGAACUUUGGAAAUUCUCAAUAAAAAUAGCUACAAUAAAUACUUCUUUUCCCAAGUAAAUCAGUGAAUUCUGAUGAAGGAAUGGAGUGCUGGGACCAGGAAAUGGAUAGGAAAAUAAAGGCUUUAAGGGAUAUAGCAGUUGUUUUGUCAAAUACGGUAACAUCAAAAUAAAUCUGUUGCCUUUCUUUAUCAGAUUAAUUUUACACACAUUUUAGCCCAUUUUCCUCAUCAUAACUUGUACAAGAACUUUGAAUGACAUUUAUAUAAUAUACUUUUAAUUUUCUAUAGUAUGAAUGCCCAAAUAAUGCUGAUACAUUGUAGUAAAAUUGUUAUUUCAUGAAAUGUAAAUACAUGACAUUUGUCCAUUUAAUUUUUAUCAUUUGUAUGUAAACUAGACAUUAUUUUUUUUUUGUUUUUUUUUUCUUUUGAAAUGUUCAAGUCAAAGAAUUUUUACAUAAAAGACAAUGGUUUGGUGAGUUUGUUUAUUAGUUUCUGCCCAUAACUACUUUCUUAGUAGAGUAUUGCAGGGUGCUGAUAGUAGGAACAUUUCUAUUGAAACACUCUGUAUCCAAGCAGAAUUCUCAAAUUACCCAUGACUGCAGUAAUUAGGUUUUAUCACAACUUGCCCAAAAAAUAUUAUUUUCAUCAUGUCACGAAAUUAAAUAACAUCAUGCAUCCUAACGUCGUAAUAUUUUUGUCACACUUCCAUCACAGUGUCACGUUUUCAUUCAAUUUUUUUUCCAAAAUUGUACAUGUCAGAUUAUGAAUUUGGUACAGGGAAAAGCUGAUUGUUAGCUCACCUGGUCCAAAGGACCAAGGUGAGCUUAUGCCAUACGGUUGCGUCCGUCGUCCGUACGUAC